AUGUUUGCCUUGGUUCCAUCUACUUUGGUGAAGCAUGACAGUCUUCGUAAUUUAGAAGAAAGCUGCAAUUUCGGCAACAGGACUUACCUACACCGUCCUCUCUUCCUUCUGAGUUAAAGGAAUGGCAAUACUUUUGGUGCACUCCCACUUUACAGCUAAAACUGUAAUAGAGUGUGUAAUAUCUGCUGAGGAAGAUAUGUAUCCCAACAUACGAGUUUUGCUUACAAUUGGUUGUACCCUUCCUGUUAGUUCUGCCUAA